AUGUCGCGAUCAAGCAUAAAGAUUCAGCCUGGUGCUGUCAUUUGUGAAGAGAGUGAACUGGUGGGAGACAUAACUAUAGGAAGCAGGACUGUUAUUCACCCAAAAGCCAGGAUCAUUGCAGAGGAUGGGCCCAUUAUUAUUGGAGAAAAUAACAUCAUAGAAGAACUUGUUCAGAUUAUUAAUAGGAAUCCAGAAGGAAAGUCAAGCACAACCCAGCAGGUGAUGAUUAUAGGAAACAACAAUGUGUUCGAAGUGGACUCCUAUGUGGAGGCCACAAAGAUAGGAGAUCACAAUGUGGUAGAGGCCAAAGCUAAGAUUGGCAGACAGGUGGAGCUGACGUCAGGGUGUAUUAUUGGGGCCAAGUGUGAAGUGUCGAGUUGUGAGGUUCUAGAGGAGAACUCCGUAAUCUACGGAUCAGACUGCCAGCGGAGGAUAGCCGCCGAUAAACCCCCAGCCCAGUCUUUACAGAUUGACUUUCUAGCCAAGAUCUUACCUAACUACCAUUAUCUGAAAAAAGUGAAGGCUGGGACACCACAUAGAAAAUAGACGAUAAAAUUCUUAAUAGAAAUCUCAUAAUAGUGCAAUACAUUCAACUGACCAAUGACUUUUCAGCUAUUUAUUCUGUUCAGUGGUGUGACCUCAGAGUAUUUAUUGAACUAGGAUUGAACUGAGGAAGAAGUCAUUUUAUUGUUGUGAUGAUUUUCUUUUUCAUCUGUUUUGUUUUAAAUUAGUUAAGGUUUAACCAGUUUUAUCAUAAGUAAAGUAAACUGUACAUGUAUCUGUAAUGAAAAUCAAUUUUCUUGGAAUUUUUUUGUAAAAUUUAAUGUCUUUUCAUGAAAUUGUUGUUUAUUACUCACAUGUGCAAUUAUGAACACUUUAUGUAUAAUGUUUAUGCACCAGUAAUUGUGUGCUCAUUUUUUUGGGUUAUAAAAAUAAUAAUGAAG